UCAAUCAGUAUGAAGACUUUAAUUCUGUCGUUGCUCGUGGCCGUGGCUCUGGCUGACAAGCCGUCCUUCUCCUACGACGCCCCUGCAUCCCGCCCUUCCGGCCCCGUCAGAGUGGUCGAAAUCGUCCGCGACGACCGAGUCCAUCCUGCUGCUGACGGAUCGUACACCUUCGACGUCGAGACCGAGGACGGCAUCAGCAGGCACGAGGCCGGAGGCGUCGGGGGCGCUCAGCAAGGCUCAGUCAGCUUCACCUUCCCGGACGGCCAAGUGUUCGACCUCCAGUUCGUCGCCGACGCCAACGGUUACCAGCCUCAGUCGCCCUUCCUGCCCGUGGCUCCUGCCUUCCCCCACCCCAUUCCCGCCCACGCCCUCGAGCAGAUCGAGCGAGGGCGUCUUGAGCAUGAAGCUCGCGCCCGCGGAGAACUGCGCGAGUCGUCCAGCGGAGGUCACUCCGCUCCCUCACAACUCUACGGGCGACCUUAGUAAUUCAGCCUCCACCUCUUCUUCUGUGAUGAUUUUGUAUUUAUUUUUCAUUACAUGUAAAUAAAUCUAAGAUGUU